AACAACGAUGCUCGAUUGUCAACAUCACUGAUGCAGUCUGCUGUAUGGACUUCUGAACAACGCAAACGCUCCGGAACGGGACAAACAUUCUGUCCACGGCUAACAUUUUACAUCCAUCCCUUGAAAGGACUUAAAAAGACGCUGAAUGGCGGAGAACUGCUCAAGAUCGAACAGCUUGGGAAAACGCUGUAACAACCGUCUGCAGAACUCGGCCUCUACUAUCUGCAAAUGACCAAAGAGAGACACGAGAGACCCCUGAAUGGUGAGUAACCGGGUGAAGGGGAGGAACUUGUUUGACAGGUGUGUAUCCUUCCAUCGUCUUGCGUUUAAUUGCUAAGCCACUAUUGGACUAUUUUUUUCAAGUCUUUUCCUCAUCAGACCGAAAAAGCCUUCCAGGCUGAGCCCACGGUAUGAGACUCUGUUACCCAUCGUUGAGACCAUGCGCAAAACAAGCGCUAAUUUCUCAACAACUGCAAAAGCUAGAGAGAAACUUUCAACACAUUUAUAUCACAAGAUCAUAACAGUUCUGCCGAAUUUAAAUCAAGAUGGCUGCGAAAAGCAGAGAGAGUGAAGAUUCAAGUUCUUCUGAUGGAGAUGAAGAAGGAAAGGAAACACCUCAGCAGCCUGAUCAAACAGAAGACGAACAAGGAAUACUCUUGCAAGGCAACAACAACAGCACUUCCGAUGGUUUGGGAAAUGAUAGUCGAAUUAACAGUAACGUAGCAGAUCAGCCGGCUCUGAUGGAAGCAAACAUCAAGGACGAAGUCCUCCAAGGAUGUGUGCCGAUCAGAGCCUUCAAUGGGAAUUGGUACGAGCCAUUGCCUGGUUGGACAACAUCUGGGCAAAGAGUUCAACAAUGCACCGAGGACAACCCCCCUUUGGAACAAGAUAACGAUAACCAUCUUGAUAAUUAUAUAGCAUUUUUUAUAUUUAUUAUACUUUUUUUCCUGUUUAAUUUUUUUCCUACUUGUCAAAGAAUUUUCUAACUUUGAAAUAAAAUUCCAUUUACUGGUAUGUUCAUAUUCGUGCAUCAUUUUGGCGGAACAAAUAAAUAAUUGUAAAAGCUAUCAUGCUUUGUCUUCACAUGGAUGUCUAAUCCACCAGAGUGCUCUUGCGAAGUUAAGUGAU